GUGAAGAGCGCCUUAAGACACGCGUAACCAUAACCCGGAGUCCUGGACCUGGUAGUAAUUCUGUCAACUCUUAACUUCUUAGCUGCCCCUUAGCCCUUCUCCACCGUCUGCCUCCAUUUCCCUCCGACCUCAUACUUGUUUUAUCUGCAGGGUAUAUGGGUUACAUGUAAAUUUUGGAAUGAUUAAUAUGACUUCUGCCGCAAUUUCAUAAAUUUGCAAGUUUUAAGAAGCUGAAUCUGGUGGACAAGAGUUUCCCAUAGAUGAUAUCUUUGUUUCUAGAGUCUCCAAUUAUCUAAAGCAAUCAGGUCCACACCUAAUGGGGAAACCAAAACAAAGACAACCAGUGGUGCCUACGAGUCAGGAUGGCUCUCCAAGUGAUACAGAUUUGGAUGGAGAAGAUAGUUGGGUCAUAGUUAAAAGGCAGAGAGUCACCAUUCUGAUACCUACCCUGCCUCAUGCCAAAAAAUCCACAAUGCCAAAGCCAGGAUCAAGUGAGCUGGAAGCCAUGCCCUUGGAAGCUGUAAAUAAUACAUCAACGGUGCCAGUUGAGACAUCUAACAGGAUGCCUUUAGUUGAUGAACAAGAGAAGGUGACAUCAAUUGCUCCUAAUAGAGGUACUAAAAUGUCUAGAAAAAUUCCUACGCAGCACAUAUUGGCAUCACAUAAGCUACCAAGAGUAAAUGUAGAAAUAGAAUCUGAAAAUCUAGAUAGAACCGAAACUUUUAAGCCUCAAAAUGUGCUUGGACUAUCAAACAAUUCAAGAACAAUCAAGCAGCCGAGACUGUUGCAUGUGCAAGGGCAUUUCCUUGAUGGGAGCAAGCUGCUAAAUCAGAGACUAAGGGCAUCACUACUUGAGAAGAAACUUCAAAAGGCAGGUGGGUUGAGUAGGUGGCUAGCAUCAAUUGGAUUGGGGCAAUUCGUGAAGAUUUUUCAGGGUCGGAGUGUCAGUAAGUUUCAGUUGGUUAGUCUGACAAUGCAGAAGCUGAAGGAUAUGGGUGCAGAUGCAGUUGGCCCCCGGAGAAAACUGAUGCAUGCUAUAGACUGCAUUUGCCAGCCAUACUGUUUUGAGUCCUACUAAAGGGCAGGAAAGGGGAAAGGCAUCAUUGCUGCUCUUUCCAUAUGUAUUCUUGUUGUAAAUUCUUCUAGUUGCAGUAGGAGGUAAGACUUUACUAGUGGUAUCAUGGUAAUUGAUAUACAGGAGUAAAAGAUCAAAUUUGAGGCGUUGUUUAGGACAAUAAUCAAGGAGUUCUUUCCAAAAUCUUAAACUGGUUUGUGCAAUAUGAAUAGGGUAUAUUACUAUGGGGACUGAGUUUCUAGAUUUUGCUAUUA